CAAUUUGACAGUGACAUUGGCAAGAAAUCUCAUCUCAAAAACGCUCAAAAAGGAUAGCAACUGUUGUGAAUUAAAGUAACUUACGUUACGUGGCUAUUUAUUAUUUUGUUGUUCUACAAAAAAGUUGAAUAAAUAUCAGAAACCAUGAGUGCUAUUGUUGGAAAUAUGAUGAAGCAGCUGAAAAGCAAAGAGUUCAGGCAAUAUUUAAUGAGCACCCAUUUCUGGGGUCCUGUAGCUAAUUGGGGAAUACCUCUAGCAGCUCUCGCAGAUAUACAAAAAGACCCCAGCUUUAUUAGUGGCAAAAUGACAUUUGCUCUGUCGCUAUACUCCAUGAUGUUCAUGCGGUUCGCCUGGAAGGUGCAACCUCGCAACAUGCUCCUAUUCGCAUGCCACUUCACCAACACAUUUGCUCAACUGACGCAGGGCGCACGCUUUGUGAACCACAACUAUCUUCAAAAUAAGAAGGACAUACAGACAGUCAAGCCCGCCAUUGUACAGGCCAGUGAACCAGUUGCUUCUUAAAAUUUAUAGUAAUUCUAGGUAGCAUAAUGCUAUUUCCUAAGCAGCUGAAUGUGAAUUCGUGGAUUGAAUUUCUACGAACCAACUUCUAGAACAAAUGCGAAUGUAAUAAUUUACUGAUAAACAUAUUUCAUUCUUUAAACCUGAAAAAGAAAAAACUAUUUUUGUAAGAAUAUAUUUUGAGAAUAAUAGGUAUAAAAGUGCAGAGGUGGACUAAUAGGUAGUAAAUAUAAAUAUUUUUCGUGA